CCAGGUGUACGCAAACCAUCACGAUCCAGUGUGACUGACAGCCGGUACCGGUUGAAAUGGCGAUUCACAGCUGAUUUGAAAAAGCGUACCCGGAGCUGUCAUUGCCCAAAAGCAACCGCUCGGGGCUUGUAGCGCUGUAAACAAUCAACAUUCCAAUGAAAAAGGCACUUUCGAAACACAUUUCUACUCGUUAAGUAAAUUUUAGCUGGCAAUAGUGUCCCAAACUACAACGCGCCAAACAGUUGCCGGCGUCUUGAAAAGUGUCCAGCAAAUCCGAACGCUUACCGGCGUCCGAUGCGAAGGGAGCUAACUUUUGAAGUUUAGAAAUUAAAAGCUUCACCAUGGCCAACCAGUACGGUGCAAGUCGGAAUCUCAUGAAGCAAACGUGCAACAAGAACGUCGGCACCAGGGUGGACGUGCUGAAGUGGAGCCAGGAGAUGGAUCUGCUCGCGAUGGGCACGGAAAAGGGCGAGGUGCUGCUACAUCGGCUCAAAUGGCAAAAGGUGUGGCAGCUAAGCCCACCGGAAGAUGGCCUCAAGGUGCGGGGCUUGGCAUGGCGACCGUGUGAGAAAUUCAUCGCAAUCGGUUAUAGCAACGGCACUAUCCUGCUGGUCGAUUUGGAAACGAAGGAAGAAAUUCACAGCUUCUCUGUGAAGCAGGACAUCACCUGCCUGACCUGGACGGAAAACACGGACGAAAUAGGCACCGACGAUGUCAGCCACAGUUCGGUGACCAGUCACACAAAGUACCUGCCGGAGCUGCCCGUGCUCAGCUCGCUGUCCUCGUCGGCCAAGCCGAUCAAUCCGAACCGUAGCAGUUACUGCUCGAAGCACAUUCUUUGCAUUCUGCUCAUCGGAACGGUGACCGGUACGGUGCAUCAGUCCGCCCUCGGCAUGCUGCCGUGCGGCAGUGUCGAUGUGUUUGGUGCGCUGGGCCUUCCGGCGACCGCGACGGCCCGCAUCCGCGAGCUCAAGAUGACCCACGACUACAGGCAGCUGAUCGUGGGCCUGCAGCAGGACGAUACGCUCCAGGUGAUCGUGCUGGAGAACGGUGUGCUGCACCGGUACGCGCCGGCCGUACUGAACCUGGCCCUCAAGCACGCCCAGCUGCUGGGCGCCAUGGCGUACAUUAGCGAAACGAUCGACUGCAUCAUCGAGGCGUGGGAAACGGUACUGCUCGAGAUGGACAACAAGCUAACGAACUACGCGAAGGACCAGCCGGACGGGUCGAUAUCGGCCGACUUCCUGGAGCUGCUCAUGUUCGGCACCGCGUCACCCUCGCUCGAGCAGUUCCUGCUGCGCGAUCUCACCGAGAAGGGGCUGCGCAAGCUCGGCUACAGCAUCGAGCUGAGCUACGUCACCAUCCAGCGGCUGGUGGUGAAACCGCUCUACACCGCGAUCCAUGCCGUGUUCUACCAUCUGAACGCGCUGGACGGGAUGCUGCGCAACCGGUUCUACUACGGCACGCUGAUGCGCGACACGGCCAGCGCGUCGGAAUCGCUGCGCGGCUGCGGCGCACUGCUCAUCAAAGCGCACGAGCUGCAGCAAACGAUCGAUGCGUCCAAGCGGGACUUUAAAAUCUUCUUCCGCUGGCUGUACGUGGUAAUAGUGCGCGUGAUGGAUGAAACGUUGCAGGAAAACCAUCCCACCAUCACGCAGCGCGAGAUACACUAUUUGGCGCAGUUUUUGAGCAACUUUGAUACGGUGGCGCAAAGUGCGCCGGACCAGCAGGAGGGCCGCGGGAUGAUCGAAUCGCGCCGCAAGUUCAACCUCGAACGGGUUGGCCAGUACCUGGAGGACAAACCGCUCGUCCACCCGAUGGCAAACGAUGGAGAGGAGAACGAGUGGAAACGAUUGCUGGCGCAGAACGAGUGCUUGCGCCAGUGCGGUGCGAUCUUUCCGCACCACGAACAAAUGUCGCUGCUGCAGCAGCAAAAGCUGCUCAAGCAACAGAUCGAGCAGCUGUUCGGCCAGCCGGAGAAGGUGGUGGGGGCGGACUACAAGCAGAAGAAUCUGCUCACGAUACACGCACCGGCCGGUACGGAUGUCCGAGCGUUUGCCUUUGCCACCCACCAGCGCGAUAGCGUGACGCUGCUCGCGAUCGUGCAGUCGAGCUGCAGCCUGCUGCUGGUGGAAUGUUUUAACGACGGAGGAUUCAAAACCGUGCGGCUGCACUUUGAGGAAAAACCGUACUUUGAUCAGCGGUUCGACGCCAUCGGUACCCUAUCCUUUCACCAUGUGGAUUUCUACGACGAGGACACGCUGUCGCUGCUGUUGCGCGCUCAGGCAGCGGGCGAGGAACGACCGAUCAGCUGUUACUUUUUGCAGCUAAAUCUGGGCGCGGUGCGUGAGUUUCUCGCUACGGUGGAGGCGCGCGAGUACAUGCAGACCGUUACGGAAGAUGCGGCCGGCUGCCAUGCGAUCAAUGCGUACACGCUGAUCGACGAAAGCUCGCUCAAGCUGCUGGAGAGUGCGGACGGGCACAGGAUCGCGGUGUCAGGCAAGCGGAACGUGAUAGCGGUGCUAGCUGAGUCGCUGAAAAACGUCCGAGUGUACGAUAUGGAUGCGCAGGAGGAUGAGGAAGAUUUGCUGGAUACAUCGUCGCAGAUCAACAGCAGUCUCGAGAACAGCCAGGAAUCGGUGCAAGCGUGAAUGAGCACGGCAGAAGCUAGGACACUAGGAAGUACAAUAAAUGGAAGAUCGAAUGUCUCGAAAA